CCCCACAACCACAACCAAACCAAACGCACGACGCCCACCUGUCUCCUCCCGCACGCACGCCUCGAACCUUCCCCAGGCCGCGGAGGAAGGGAAGGGAGGAGCGAUGGGCGAGUACUGCGCCCCGGCGGCGGCGGCGGAGGCGGAGGGGGAGCGGCCGGUCGCGGUGUCCGUGCUGCCGCUGCCCCCGGUGGCGGCGGCGGGCAGGUACCUGUACGGCGACUACGACCGCUGCUCCACCAAGCAGGUCUUCGACAACCUCCACGGCAACAUCUCCCUCGACCCCUUGGCCCGUGAAUUUGUCGAUACAGAGGAAUUUCAGAGGUUGCGGGAUCUGAAACAGCUUGGCCUUACAUAUCUGGUGUUUCCCGGGGCUGUCCACACACGUUUUGAACAUUCCUUAGGUGUUUAUAGACUUGCUGGGGAGGCUAUGAACAAUCUUCAGAAGUACCAGGGAAACGAGCUUGGCAUUGACCGCAUUGAUGUUCAAACUGUGAAACUUGCAGGUCUCUUACAUGACAUUGGACAUGGUCCCUUCAGUCAUCUGUUUGAGCAUGAGUUUCUUCCUCGUGUUCAUCCAGGAUCAACAUGGUCCCAUGAACAUAUGUCUGCACUGCUUCUGGACAGCAUUGUCGAUAAACACGCAAUAGAUAUUGAACCUGAUUAUCUGAAAGUUAUCAAGGAAAUGAUAGUUGCAAGCUCUGACGUCUCCACAGCAGAAGGUGUGAAGGAGAAGCGUUUCCUUUACGACAUUGUUGCUAACGGGCGCAAUGGUAUAGAUGUUGACAAGUUCGACUACAUUGACCGUGAUUGCAGAGCAUGUGGUAUUGGGAGCAAUUUCCAGCACUGGAGGCUUUUAGAAGGUAUGCGAGUGAUGGGCGAUGAAAUAUGCUACCCUGCCAAAGACUAUCUGAGCAUCCAUAAAUUGUUCACAACACGUGCUGAUCUGCAUCGGACUGUCUAUACCCAUGCCAAAGUAAAGGCUGUUGAACUGAUGCUUGUGGAUGCGCUUGUUGAAGCGAAUGAAUACCUGGGAAUAUCUUUGCAUGCCGAUGAUCCAGAGGACUUUUGGAAGUUGGAUGACACAAUCGUGAAAAGCAUCGAAACUGCUCCCAACGAUGAACUGAAGAAAGCAAAGGAAAUCAUUCAGCGUAUUCGCCGGAGAGAGCUCUACAAGUUCUGCAAUCAAUAUUCUGUUCCAAAGGAUAAACUGGACCAUUUCAAGAAUAUAACUGCACAAGACAUAGUUUGCUCACAGAUAACUUCAAAGGUGCUGCUGAAGGAGGAAGACGUGGCGGUCAGCAAUGUCAAGAUUGACUUGACACGUGGGAAGGACAACCCGCUCGAAAGCAUCAAGUUCUUCAAGGAUUUCGGAUGCCAAGAGAAGUUCCCGAUAACGGACGAGCGCGUGAGCCACCUGCUGCCCGUGUGCAACCAGGACAGGAUCGUGAGGGUGUACGCCAAGAAGCCGGAGCUGGUGGAGGCGGUGUCGGAGGCGUUUGAGAACCUGCAGCUGAGGAUGUACGGGGAGAAGACGCAGGUGCAUGGCACGCCCACCAAGAAGAAGCGCAGGUUCAACUAGCUCAAGUCUAGCUGCGGCAUACCACAGGCAGGCAGGCAGAGUAGGAAACGAAACAAACGACAUAUGGAGGGUGGACAUAUAUAUAUAUACAUAUAUACUUACUAGUAGAGUCAGUUGGUUUUAGCUAGGAAAGUCAGUCAGUCUGCGUAGGGAAGUUAAAGGGAAGGACGACACACGCACUCACUGUUGAAGUGAAUUGUACAGUUUUGAUGCACGGAAACGGGGGAAAUUUUACCGUCGGCGGCAUAUCUAGUGUAGGUACUGACUGACACACAGGAUGGCUGCCGGGUGCAUGCAUGGUGCCUUGUGAUUUGGCCAUGCACUCCCUCCCCCGUAUCCUCCGUCUGCUUACCUUACCACCUAGGAGUAUUACCUAUAUCUAUAUGGAUGAUGAUGAUGAUGAUGACACUGCUACCAGUUACGGAAUGGUGAAUAUAUAUCACACACAUAGAAUCCCUUUGCAUGA